AUGGAGGAGGCCACCAAGGUUACAGAAACCCCAUGGGCCCCCCCUCCUCUCCUGGAACGGCAGGUUCGCCAGCGACAGCCCACAGUUUCAGUCCUCAAAUCCAAGCUGAAGCAGAGUGUGACCUGCUCCGUGCCCAAAGUCCGAUCCACCCUGACUGGGUUCUUCCCUGUGGUACACUGGCUGCCUAAAUACAAGCUCCGAGAAUACAUCUGGGGCGAUGCUAUGUCCGGGGUGAUCGUUGGUAUUGUCUUGAUACCGCAGGCCAUCGCCUACUGCCUGCUGGCAGGAGUGCAGCCCAUCUAUGGUUUAUACACCUCAUUUUACGCCAACAUCAUAUACUUCCUCAUGGGGACGUCGAGACAUGUCUCUGUGGGGAUCUUCAGCCUCAUGAGCCUUAUGGUUGGACAGGUGGUGGAUAAGGAGAUGUUCCAGGCGGGUUUUGACCUCAAUGAAGAUUCCAAAACAUCUGGACCGGAUGUGUUUAAUGCCACAUUGGACACUAAUCUCACAGCGGGUAAACUUCACAGUGUGGAGCUAAUGGGUCUGCAGUGCGGGAGGGAGUGUUACUCCAUUAGCGUUGCUGCUGCCCUCACAUUCCUGGCUGGCCUCUACCAGGUGCUCAUGGCUGUGUUUCGGCUAGGCUUCGUCUCUGUGUACCUUUCGGCUCCUAUGCUAGAUGGUUUUGCCACAGGAGCCUCUUUCACCAUUCUGACCGUGCAGGCUAAAUACCUUUUGGGUCUAAAGAUUCCCCGUCACCAGGGCUAUGGCACAGUUGUUGUUACCUGGAUCAACAUUUUCGCAAACAUUCAGAAGACCAACUUGUGUGACCUCAUCACUAGCGCCAUCUGUAUCUCUAUUUUAGUGGCAGGGAAAGAGAUCCAGGAGCGCUACAAGGAUCGUCUAAAGAUCCCCCUGCCAACUGAGCUGAUAGUAGUGGCAGGAGCGACACUUGCCAGCCAUUUCGGGGAACUUAACAACCGUUACAGCUCCAGCAUUUCCGGUCACAUCCCCACAGGGUUCAUUCCUCCCCAGGUGCCCAGUUUAAGUCUGAUGCCACGGGUGGCACUGGAUGCCAUUCCUCUGGCUGUCAUUAGUUUUGCCUUCACGGUGUCUCUGUCUGAGAUGUUUGCUAAGAAAAAUGGCUACACAGUUCGUCCCAACCAAGAGAUGCUGGCCAUUGGCUUCUGUAACAUCAUCCCAUCCUUCUUCCACUGUAUGACGACCAGCGCAGCACUGGCAAAAACCUUGGUGAAGGACUCAACAGGCUGCCAGACUCAGCUAUCGAGUCUGAUCAGCGCCCUGGUCGUCCUUCUCGUUCUCCUCUUCUUUGCACCGUUCUUCUAUGCUCUCCAGAAGUGUGUUCUUGCCUGUAUCAUCAUUGUCAGCCUUCGGGGGGCACUGAGGAAGUUCAAGGACAUCCCGGAGAAGUGGCGUACCAGCCGGAAUGACGCCAUUGUUUGGCUGGUCACCAUGUCAGCCACGGCUCUGAUCAGUGUAGAGCUGGGCCUCCUGGUUGGAAUAGUUUUUUCCAUGAUCUGCAUCAUCUUCAAGACCCAGAACCCUAAGGUCUCUCUCCUGGGCCGUGCCAGUGACACUGAUCUUUAUGAGGACAUGGAUGAGUACAAGAACCUCAUGCCACCACCUCGGGUUCACGUCUUCCGCUUCCAGGCUCCCCUGUACUACGCCAACAAUGACUCAUUUCUCAAAUCUCUCUACAAAGCUGUCGGUGUUGAACCUUUCUUGGAGAUGACUAAGAGGAGAAAGGCUGAGAAGAAGGCCAAAGAGAUGUCCAUGAAGCAGGCAAAGGCAAAUGGAGAUAAAAAUAACAGACAGGUUGUUAUUGGACUGAUCAAAAGAGAACUGGAUUUCCACACGAUAGUUUUAGACUGCUCUGCCAUCCCGUUCAUAGACUCAACAGGCAUGGCCACAUUUAAAGGGCUGGUCAAGGAAUACAAAGAGAUCAGGGUGAGUGUUCUCCUAGCCAACUGUAACACCUCAGUCAUUGAUACCCUGCAGAAGGGACAAUUCUUUGGGAAGAAUGACAAAGACAUGAGCAGCCUGCUGUUUCAUACAGUUCAUGCUGCCGUUCUUCAUGCAAAUAGUUCAUUUGCAGCAGCAGAAAGCAUGUCAGAAAACUCUCUGGUGUAG